AUGAAUGCUCAUCAAUCACCGGAUCCAGAUGGGCAGCAGCUCCCGCUGCCCAGCCCACUGCUCCUUGGCCGUGGGGAGGAUCAGCUCCGGCGGCAGCACGAACCCAUAGUCGCCCAGGUCCCGCAGCUCGACCGUGUAAGAAAACUCAGCGCCACCGAUACUAUAGACGUGGUCCGGGGCAGCGCCCGUGGUGGCGUAGAGGACGGCGCCGCUGGGUCCAAAGGUGUAGGUGGUACGGUUGGGCGACGAGUCGCGGAUGGCCUCGCUGACCACGGAGGCGGCCUUGGUCCACUUGCCCAGCUCGGGGGCGUAGAGGGUCUCCUUGUUGCCGAAGGGGGAGAGGAUGUACUGGCCGUAGCUGUGCCAGUCGAUGAAGAGCUUGAUCUUGGAGGUGUCGCGGAGGCGGCGGACGAGGCGGUCGAGCCCCUUGUUCUCGGGGGUGUCGGAUGGUGCUUCGCCGCGGUAGGUCUGGGCGCACGGGUUUGUGGAGGCGCCGCGCGGGUUGGUGUCCCAGCCGAACUCCCAGUUGCGGUUGAUGUCGCGGCCGUAGCAGGAUGGGUUGGUUGCGUUGGGGGGCGCGGGUUGUCUGUUCUUGCGCCAGAGGCGGUCGGAUGUCUGGGAGUAGACGAAGCCUGGGGUGAUGUUAGUGCUAUUCAUCUUGUAACUGGGGGAGGGGGGAGGCUCGCCGUCGGGGUUCACGAAUGGGAAGAUCCAGAAGUCGUAUUUGUCCAGGGCGGAUGUGACGAUGGUAUCAUUCUUGGUGUACCCGUUGAUGAGCUGGAGCGUGAUAUACUCGACAACCUGAAUAUUCAGUCAAAAAGACAACGGUGUGCUUACCGGAGCGGCAAUCCAUUCGCGAGCGUGGACAGUGCCGUGGUACAGAACGGCUGGCUUCCCCGGACCGGCAUUGCCAUACAGAUGGAUACCGAAGAUGUCGCGUCCCUCCUCGUCAAAGUAGGCGAUGUGGUCCGUGUAGUUGUGGUACGAGGCAAACCAGUCCUCAUCGUCCCGGACGUUGAGGCGCUUCGAGAGGCCCGCCGACUCGCUCUGGACGGAAGCGCCAAGGUCCUCGUGGAGGAUCUUGUGCUCGAGGUGGAGGGCCUCGAAUGCCGACACCUCGCUGGGGGAGACGAGGAUGUCGAUGUGGUACAGACCGUCGUCGUUCCAGCGCUCGUAGCUGGCCAGGCCGGCGUCGAGCUUGCUACGGACAUCGGCUGGGCGGCCGUGCGUCCAGAUCCGGUAGACCUUGAAGCCGUCAUAGGAGACGCGCUCGACUUCCUCUGUGGCGGGAGCAGCGAGGGCGGUCCCUGCGGCGAGGAGGGCCAGCAGAGUGGCUUUGAAGAACUUCAUCUUCGAGAUUUGUCUGAAGAAUGGAUGGGGGCUAGAGCAGCAACUAACCGCUUGACGGGGGACACGGAUUAA